AUGCAGCUGGUAGAGCUGAAGAAUGGCGAGACGUACAACGGGCAUCUGGUGAGCUGUGACACGUGGAUGAACAUCCACCUGUGCGAGGUCAUCUGCACGUCCAAAGACGGCGACCGCUUCUGGCGCAUGCCGCAGUGCUACGUGCGCGGCAACACCAUCAAGUACCUGCGCGUGCCUGAUGAGGUGAUCGACAAAGUACAAGAGGAGAUCGUCGGCCGAUACAGCAGGGCAGGGGGAGAGGAGGCAGAGGGCGCAUGGACGAGGGGGGAGGGGGGAGAGGAGGGCGGGGAAGAGGGUGGGAUGACGGGGGGCGAGGAGGAGGGAGAGGAGGAAGAGGAGGUGGAAGAGGCGGAGGACCAGGAGGAAGAGGCAGGGGCUGAGCGGCCAUUGGUUGGGAGUGUGGGAUGUGUGUGUGUGUGCAACAGCUCAGUGCGCACUCCUUUGUAUCGUGCUGCACUGUGCUCUUUGGGAACUGGCUAUGUUCAAUGA